UGCGCAAGAAGAGGGUCCUACGCGAAUCGUCGAGUAAUUGAGGUCCUGUGGUCCCUACAAGACCGCAGGUCUGGUGGGGGCCGCCCUAUGUAAGGCCCUGGAAGCGACCAGGUCCAGCUCAUCCAGCAUCAGGACACCGCGCGUCAGGACUCGCGUCGCUUUGGCGUCGAUUAUCACGAUUCGGAUCACGCGAGCAAGACACCCUUGGAAACUUAGUCCUUAGAGAGUAUCUUUCGUCCUAGUGGAGGGCGUCGACUGCCCUCAAGAUUGUCGUCGGUUGUGAAGAGAAAGACGAGGAGGAGAACGAGGGGAAGGACGAAGAGAAGGACCAGCAAGAUAUAUCGAGAAGAAGAUGAGGGUGAAAGUGUUACUGGUCCUUGCAGUCUUUGCUGUAGGAUUCGUUGACGCGGCCAGGAGGAUAGUUAGGUCCACGACAGCGGUGACCACGACGAUGACGACACCAGUGUCGUUCGCCGGUAGACAGCUCGGCUUCGCCGGACAGUCUGAAGAGCUGGAGACUCUGUGGGACAACUACGACAUCCAGAAACUGGACAGUCGUUCCGAGUCGUGGAAGAGUAACGCGUCGGAGAAGCACGAGGAGAUCAAUACCGGCAGACAAUUUUACCCUGGCCUUCCGGCGAAUCCCGGGGAAACGAACGAACUGCCGGGUCCCAUCUCGCCUGUGCCGCCUCCGCAUCACCCCGCGCCGGGUUGUUUAGGCCCGCGGGGCCAGUACCCGAGCCCGAAGAGCUGCGCCAACUACCUCAAUUGCUGGGACGAUGUUGUGGUAGAGCAGACCUGCCCGGCCGGACUGCUCUUCAACGACGUUACCAACGUCUGCGACUUCAGCAACAACGUCAACUGCGGCAACCGGCCUCCCGCCACGCCGAAACCGCCGUUGCCGCCAGGGACGAAAAUGUGCCCGGAUCCGAACGGCCGCUACAGAAGCUCCACGAACUGUUCAGAAUUCUACGUGUGUCUCACAGGCAGACCCAUCAAGUUUUCCUGUCCUCGCGGUCUGGUCUACAAUGACGUGGUGGAUGUGUGCGAUUAUCCGUACAACGUGGACUGUAAAGGAGCUGUCACGCCAAAACCGCAACAUCCACAUCCGCCGACUCAACCUCCGCAAACACCUUCGCAUCCGCCUCCUACGUAUCCCACGAAGCCACCUACUUAUCCCUCUCAACCACCUACCUAUGCUCCUCCACCGACCUAUCAACCGCAACCCUAUCCGCCACCACCCCCAGCUUAUCCCGGAAAUCCCUGGCUGAAUAAGGCUGAUCCGGAUCCUUGGAAUCAACGACCGUCGGCAUCUCAGCUAGAAAUCGACCAGGAACGACUCAAGCAGGAAGAAGCUAACGGCCAACCACUCGGAAUUAAUUCGCAGGACGUGACGGAAACGUCGAGUCUGGUGAACCCCUGGAAUCUCUUCCAGGUGGUGCCAUCUGAGCUGAUGAAUGCUCCGUGCAAAAAUGGGGACGUGCACAGACUCAACGAGGCUUGCACCAAUAUGGUAGUCUGCAGGAACGAGAGACCUCAGAUGGUGAGGUGUUCGCCGGGCUUCUCGUACGACAAACCCUCAGACUCUUGCAGGCCCUUCAGCGUUGCCAAAUGUUAAUCGACGAACCCCUUAGAAACUACGCUUUGUACUAAGCAUCGAGCCAACUUCAAUAAAAUAACUAUUGCUAUGCUAAGAUGCCCUUUAAUCAACACUUUUAUCGAUUAAUCUUAAUAUUAUUCGAUACGAAACAAUGGAUAAACAGCGAACGAGUCUGGGAAUAAUUCGUCGUUGAAGACAGCGAUCGAAGGGCUAUUUAGAUUAAAUAAGAUAUAAAGUUUAAUGAACAAAUAUCGUAAAUAAUAGUACUUUCUUUUUGUGUAGUUAUCGCACUCGCUCAUUAAUGUAUUGCCCGAUAAGAAAACCAAGCGGAAGCUUUUGAUUGAAGCUGAAUAAUUGAAGCUGUAAAUAAAUAUAAACUAAAACUUC